GUUUAAUGGACAUGCUUUUAGCUCCCUGUUUUGCAUGAAAGUCAACAUGAAAUGCUAUUCACAAUGCAUUUUACUUUCAUAAUAUGAUGCAAUCAAACAGGACAUUUAGUGGGAUGAAAAUGUAGGAUGAAACUUGGUCGGGAAUUAAUUGGAUUGUGAAAGUGGACCAGACAAACAUUUGAAUUGCCAUAAUAUCUUGUACGGGGAAAAUAAAUAGGGCUGAUUUUUAUUUCAUGUUGACUUUAAAGCUCCUUUUCAUUUACGUUUAGUAGUAGAUGGACCAUAGUGCCACUGUCUGUGGUACACGAUUUUAGCUUUGUGGUUGAAUUUAUACUAGUCAUGGAAAAACAUGUAAUAAUGUACGAUAAUAAAAUCAGUAAUAGCAUCUAAAAACACUAAUCAUUAUCAUCAGAAAUUUAUUGCAAUACAUUAAAACUAGAAAACAGCUCUUUACUAAGUGAUUAAACUUCUAUUUUAUACAACCACAUGUAGCUAGAUGUACUCUCUUGUAACUUUGUAUUCUUUUGCAUAAGUACAAGUAUGUUUUCCAAAGCUAAAAUUAAAAAUAGAAGUGUUAACAGUAGGAGGUAGCUGGCCAUCUUUACUUACUCUCUCGGCUCAUCGCUGUAAUUUUACUGUCCCAAGUGCUACUUGUGACAAGCUUUCUGCCCACAAUGCCAGCUGCUACCAUCUCGAGCCAGACAGACACCUCGUCUUUAACUACAAUGCCAUCUCCGUCUAGUCCAACACUCACGGCCGUACCCACAGCACUUGACCAGCCAGUUUCCGCAGCAACAGAUGUGAUACCCGAUGCGACCACCAUGACAGCAACAACUGGCUUUGUUACAAGCAAUCCACUCUCUGUUCUUCCUGAGGUUACUGAUUCAUUUGCCUCAUUCUCUGAUGGCACUGCAACAACACUUAAUAUGGACACCCAAGCAAUAUCUUCUGCAACCAUGGCAACAACAGCUUUUGCAACCAUGGCAACUUCUGAAACAACAUCUUCAGCAUCAGCUAGCACAAUUGAACUGCCAACCUCUAUUGCUGUUGAUGCAGUUUCACUGGUUUCUGAUAGAUCUCCAGUGGAAGCGGGUGCAAUGGUUACAGCAAAUACUGCGGUAACCAUAGUUACAAGCACAGUUGUGUCCACAACUGAUGCUGCGAUUAAAACAGUUAAUGCACUCCCUCCAGACAUCGAUUUGAUUUUCCCAGCAUCUGAUGUUCCUCUAACUCCUGCAUCUGAUGAUGAAGCACCUGCAACUGAUGCCAUCGCAGCUGUAACAGAUACUCCAGCAAAAGUUACAGUUUCUCCAGAGAUUGCUUCCAUUGCACCAGCAACCUCAGACUCGGAUCCUCCUGCGACUACUGCUGUGGCACCUGAAGGUCCAGGUGAUGCACAAGCAACCAAUGUAUCUGAUGAAAUCAAACCAGCUCCAGAAGGUCCAGGUGAUGGUGCUCAAAUUGUCAUAGCAGGUGAAGAAACAGUCAUUGAUGUUGCUCCUCAACCUAAUGCUGAGACUGACAGUAAACCUCCAUUCGAAGUAGUAGAGAAGAGUGAAGUUCCUCUUGUUGAGACCGAGGAAGAAAAAGCAGCAACCAAUCUGGAGAAGAAUGAUAAAGAUUCUCCUGACAGUAAACCUCCAUCUGAAGUAGGAGAAAACAGUGAAGUUCCUUUAGCUGAGUCCAAGGAGGAAAAAACAGCAACAAACUUGGAGAAGAAAGAUAAAGAUGCUUCUGACAGUAAACCUCAAUCUGAAGUAGGAGAAAACAUUGAAGUUCCUCAAGCUGCGUCCAAGAAGGAAAAAACAGCAACAAACCUGGAGAAGAAAGAUAAAAAUGCAGAAGCCCCAGUAUCUGGUGACAUUAAGAAGAAUAAUGAGGCUGGGAAAACCGGAGAGAGCAGGGAAGCCAAAGAGGAAAAGAAAGAGAAGGAAAAAAAGAAAGAAAAAGAUUAUGAAAAGAAAGACUAUGAGAAAAAAGGUAUACAGCAUUUGUAGUUGAGUGUGUGUACCGUGCGUAGCUACUGUACACUAUAGAAAUGACACAAACAGAUACUGGACUCAUCUCACACAAUGUUAACUUUUUAAAUGACUGCGGUCUGAAAAUGCAUUUCUGCUUGACUGCAUUGUAUUUUCCAGUAAUGCUGCUUUGGAUGAGAUGGAGUAUCUGUUAGUGAAGAACAUUUACAGCUUGUAGUGUAUUGAUUGGUUUAGCUGCCAUUAGAUCCACAAGAAAGAAACUCUAAACCCUACUGUAGUUUCCUCUAGUUUUAGGUUGUUUUGUUCACAGUAUCAAUUUUCCUAAAUAACAGUAGCAUCAUUCCAGUGUAUCUAGUUUCACAUUUCCAGCCCUUACAGUGAAUUUUUCCACAUUGUUGAGUGAUUUGUCCCAAUAGAACAGUCGUGUUAGCCAACAAAGAUAAUAACGUUGCUUUUAUUCUGGUUGUUGAGGAUUUUGAUCCCUGGGGGGCCAAAAACACAGUUGUCAAGAAUUGCGUACAUCAGAUUUCAAGGUAAGGCGAUGCUUUAAAUCAAGAUAGCAAAAAGGUGGGAUUUUCCGGGUUUCAAUGACAUUUUAUGUGAAUGAUGUAUUUAUAUGAAUUAGUGCUCCUGUAGGCAAUGCUUAUCAAAGGAGAAUUCAGUUUUGAUUUCUGUUUUUCUGAAUAUGGACAGACAUUAAUAUGGAAACUGUGGAAAAAUUGCUUCCUAAAUGUUAUUCAUUUCCUCUCUUCCAUGUCGCCUUUCUUGUCUCUCUCUUUUCUUUGUGCUCACAUGUUUUGUUUUUUUGCUUUGUCUCAUAAGGUAAGCCGCUCGUGAUGUAUUGUGUUUGCUAGAAAACAGAAAGAACUCCCCCAGGCUGUAUAAUCAAAAGCGUCCUCUUCUAGAAACUAGCUACUUUGCAUUUUCACUCAUCGAGUGUUAGACAGCUGUCUGCUGAAGAUGCAAGAUCGUUUGUGAAACAUCGCUCCAUCCCUUCACCAAUCUGGGGAGUAAUUGAGCAUAUAUAUUUAAUUAGCUGCUCUUACCCUCCAUCCCACUGCUUAGCCGACUGUGACACAGCUGGACCCCACGUCGCCAGCAUCUUUAAAACAUCAUAUCAAUUAUUCAAAGCCCCAAGUGUCCAAACAGCAAAGAAUCGAAAAUAUCAGCUUCUCAAACACAACUUUAAACAGCAGCUCAUUAUCAGUUUUAAACUAUGUUAAUUAAGGCCUACAGGUGGAUUUGUUCACUCAUACUAAUGACUCUCUACUGUUUAGUCAGUCUGUUUGGAGAUGUCUAAAAUACUGUUAUGUAAAAGCAUCCCAAAAAUCUUUAAAAUGUAAUCUUCUGAGAAAAAAAUUAAGUUCAUAUGUUGAAUAUUCAGCCUUACUUACAAGCCAAAUUGGUGUGUGCAGGCCAAAUAAGAAUACUUUGUCAGCAAAACUCUUUCUACAGAUAAAACAUUCUGUGGUAUAAUAUAAUAUUUGUUCACUGCAUAAAUAAAACAAUGUAUAAUUGUAAUGGGGAACAAAAGUUAAACUAAUUAAACUAUAGGUAAUAGCCCCAGAGAAUAACUAUUAUUACUUGGUUAACAUAUGUGUUCGGUCUUAAACUUUGAAAUAAUUAUAAAUUAAUUCAAAUAAAAUUUAGAAUAAACAAAUAAUGUCAACACUUUAUUUUACAGCCCUGUUCCACGUGUACUUAUUAUGCACUUAUUAUUAUAAAUAAUAACCGACGGGACGCGUGCGCCGCGGACCGCGAGC